AUGAAUAACUAUUCUUCUAUCCAUUCAAGAGCAUAUAGCUUAUCAUCUGUCUUUAUACUUUUAUUCCUACCUAAAUUUUUAGAAAAUUUGGUAUCUAUAUAUAAUAUUAUAGGCAUUCAGCAAAUCUAAAAAGAUUGCUAUUUAUCCUCUAAUACUUCCUUUUAAUAAACAUUUAAUUCUGCUAUUAUCUAAUCAAGGUGUUAGGAGUAACCUAAAUGAGAAACAAAACCAAUAUAAGAAGCAUUUGAUCUACUUGUACAAAUUUCUUUAAAUAUUGGUACAAAGAAGAAUCAAUCCAUUUUAUAAAUUACUCAUAAUCAUAAUAGGUCUGAGUUAACCAAUAAGAGGGAUUUAAGGAUGCCAUCAGUUGGAUAAGCUUCAAACUGCAUUGUUCUCAUUCAAGUAUGUUGCUAGUCUUUUUAUUCUACUAGAUAAUUUGAGAAUGCCUUCUUAUUAUUGGCAAAGUUAUUUACAGUUUCAUAAUAUAUUCUUAGAUUUUUUUGAUUCUNGAUUAAUAUUACCUCUAAUAUGUACUCCUUCAUCUAAUCCUUUUCAAAUCAGUUUAUUUGAUCUUUACUAGUUUUGUAUUCCAUAUUUAUUUGUUAAUAUAUUAAUUAAAACUGUAACUCUUUUUUUAUAUUGGAUCAUAUAUGAAUAACUAUUCUUCUAUCCAUUCAAGAGCAUAUAGCUUAUCAUCUGUCUUUAUACUUUUAUUCCUACCUAAAUUUUUAGAAAAUUUGGUAUCUAUAUAUAAUAUUAUAGGCAUUCAGCAAAUCUAAAAAGAUUGCUAUUUAUCCUCUAAUACUUCCUUUUAAUAAACAUUUAAUUCUGCUAUUAUCUAAUCAAGGUGUUAGGAGUAACCUAAAUGA